CAAAAAUGUUGUAGUGAGAUAGAAGAUUUAGUAAUUCGCAAACACUUUAUUUUAGAGCGAAUUUAUUGCUAAAUUUUUAAAUUAAAUUUUCAUUAUUACUUAUUUAUUAAUUCAGUCGAUAACAAUGGUUCUAGGAAUGCUCUUACAUGUGUUUUUUACAGCAACAAUCCUUACAGCAAAGGAAUUGGAAAAAACAAGAUCUAAAUGCCGGUUAAGUGGAUUAGUUACAUGUACCACUUAGUUGAUAAAGCCCGUUUGAAGCAAAAUCAUCAAUAAAGUUAGAACCGAUAGGAGAUGAUGAGUUUGGUAAAUAGUGCAAGAACGAUGACGCGUGCCGGAAUGUUAGGUGUGUUGGUAAUCACCUUACAGAUGAAAGGUUAAAAUACAUAAAAAAAAACAAUCGCUGGGUUACGCAUGGUUUAUUAUCAUACCAAUACUAUUGACCGGUGUCGAUUUGACAAUAUGUAGACAGUACGGAUGGAUAUGUGUAUCGCGCUAGUCGUUGUAUUUACCGUUAUCCAAAGCUAUACAAGCAUCGAGUACACCUACGCCUCAUUUGUGGUUAGUGUUACUCGCGGUUCGGUCGCAGCGAUAAAUCACGCAUUUCGAGUCGAAAAAGCUAGGACGAUAGGAUGCAAUUAAAAACACCUGGUUUUAGUGAGUGCAAUUAUAUAAUAAUUAACAUCCAGUUCCGUGCAAAAUCAGUGUAUUUAGUGCGUGAUUCCCCGUACAUUUCGGUAGUGAAACGUGUGAUCGUUGUGUGCAGUUCUUGUGGUAUCCUCGGUCGGCUUGGCUUGCGUCGUGAUAACAGGCAGUGUGAGGUUAGUGCCGGGAUGACCUAACAGCGGCUCACGAAACUAUUCCCGCAACUGGCUAAGACGCAGGCGAAGAUUAUUACCUCGUUGGUACAAUGGAAAAGCAUGAAAAAGGUCGAUACAGCACACAUUUUGUGCUCCCGUUUACAAUGGCGCUGCAGUGCAGAACCGGAUUCUAUCUACACUGGCUGUUAGCACACAAUCAAUGUCUCCACCAGCGUGUAAAGCGUUACGUCACAAAGGCGACACCAUCGCUUCGGAGACGACAGCGUCAAGCUGUCAGCUUCAGUUCUCGACGCUUGAUACAACCACUUCCGUUUGCCGUUCCGACCAGACACGACCCCGAUCCCAGGACCUUCGCCCGUCUGGUUCGGCAGCGCUGUACAGUAGCCAGUUGUCUGGCUAGAACGAUGCUUUACAACCACGUACCACCCAUCCCAUCUCAGCCCGGCCGGAAACGACGAUCAACGAUGAACGAAAGCGAAUCUUUUGCGUUGAAGGCCAUCCAUCGACCGAACGCAACCCGAAACCUAACCGAACGUGUGAACGUGUAGCGAUGUUACGUUUCGGUACGUCGAUGAUUUCGCUGUAGACCGCCAAGCGGAGCAGUUUCACUUGAACCGAGCUUCGUAACGGACGCAUGUUUCACACUGUGCGGCACCUGACACGCUCGGCUUAGAGGUGACGUGUUUUUUAAUCUCUCUCUUUUUCGUGAAGCGUUACGCAGCAUGUAACAUUGCGAGCGUUACAAACCGUGAUCGUGUGUUGAUAGUGGCAAAAGGUGAUUUAUUGGCAAGGAAAUUCUUUGCCAAGCACAAAAUUUAUGAUCAUAACGAGGGUGAGAUAAAUAUAUGUGUGCGGUUUAUGUAUAUGCGUGUAGGUUUGUGUAUUUGUGUAGGGUGUGUGUUCGCAUAGAAAAAAAAAAGUUUCACCGCGAAUGGGAAAAGUAACGGCUAGCGAGGUGCUAGCUUUCAGUGUAAACAGUGGCGUUAAUCGGUAAAAAUGUAGUAACGGUUUUGCAGUUAUAUCAAACGUGUUUAUCGGUUGAAGAAGAAAAAAAAAACACUCAGUGCGAUCAUAAGCGAGGGUGAAAAAGAAAUCGGUACAAGUGUGAUAGUUACGGUGGGGUUGUACGGUGUGUCGCGUGAGUGAAUGACAAGCGAGAAUAUCAAUAUCAUCGAAUGUGUCCGAUCGCAACACGAUCCAAUCCAUGUUUGUUUGCCCGCGUUUGAGCCAGCUGUUUUUUGUGGUUCGGUUUUUCCUAAACAGACAAGCUUGUUUCACACAUUACCGAGGAUGAGUAUUUACAAGCAAAUAUAAAGCAUAAAAAUGUAUGCUAUAAGACAACCGGGUCAAAAAGGCAAGUCACUUCGGAAGGUGUGUUACGGUUGUGUAAUUUAAUUCCAUCCAAAAGACGUCAAUUAGAGACGAUUGACGAUACUGGCUGAGUAAAUAGGGACUAAAUCUCACUAAUGUAAUUGCAUUAUCAUUACAAUCGUUAGUGUUUUGUAGUUAAACGCUACAUCGCUGCCAGCACUGUUUUCUCUGGCAAAAUGACGUAUUUGUUUAGUAUGCAAUUCGAUACCAAUGCAUUCGAAUGCAAUCAGCUGAUGGACACGGUAAAGGCCCUUGAACUAGCAGUACAAACAUUGGCACCCGCUUCACCACUCGGAAACAUAACAAAGCCUGUAAGAUAAUCGUAAAUGGUCAUCUGGAAAUUGAAUGCGAAACACUACAUGCUUCGACAGACUGUUAGAAACAGCUCAGCGCUGUCCCAUUUUGGAAGGUUAGGAGUGCAAAACAAUUACCAGACUUGAGUCUCGAUACGUUUUGUUUUCUUAUUUCUUUAAGAAAACGCUGGAAUAUCAUCUGUUUGGCUAUAUCCGAAGGGAGGUAGGAAUUUUCGAGCAGCUGUUUUCUUGUGAGUCUGUGUGAGUGUUUGCGCUUAGCUGUAUUCUUUUUAAUAACAGAGUUCUUUCAGCUGUACGUUGAAUGAUGAAGCAAUUUUUAAUGGAAUCCAUUUCAAUACCUAAUGACUUAUUGAAGGUACAUUCAUUUAAGAAAAACCUCAAAUUUCUCUUAAAUGUUGCAAACAAGCACCAAGCAAAUUGUCUCUAUUAUGAUUACCAGCCCUUCAUGUCAUGUUUUUUUUUAUCACGGCAUAAGCAUAAGAGUGUUACGGUGAAGAAAGUUAGAUUGCAGCUUAAACAUUCUUUCUACAUUUCCCGAUUCUUCCCCCGUUUAAUUAAUAAUUUCCACCACUACACCAACGUGCAAAACAUCGUACGCAAGCGGAAUUAUUUUCUCUAAAGAGUAUACGAAUUCUAAAAAUAUUCUCACUUUAGAUAGCCCAAAAAUAGAUUACAAUGCAUAAGCGGAAGAAGCCCUAGUAGAAGAAAAAAAAGGAACAGGCAACGAGAAAAAAAAGCAAACACUCUAAAAAAGGUUAGCAAACACACUCCACACGCACACAGACACCGGCGAGCAACCGGUGCGAUGAAAUGCAAUCAUCAGCUGCAUGUCGCUGAUAUCAAGGGGCGAGUGUUUUGGCUACCAUUUUAUCAUCGAAUCCGUACCGAUACGAUAUCAAUAACGGCCGUUUUUUUAAGUGAAGGUACACAGAAGGCGCAACGCACUAAAAUCGUAACAAAUAUUUAACCAUUUGGAGCGCUUUAUAUGAUCGCAGUGAAACGAUUGCGAGGCAACACUUAGCUCUGCAGCUCCUUAAAAUGAAACGGUGUCUGGUGAUAAAUUACGCACCACACUUUACCGAGGCCGUUUUUGCCACACCGCAAUAUGGAUACCAGCCGAGGUCAAUCUGUGGGGUCGGAUCGUUGAGUUCAAGAUUGGUGCGAUUUAUUAUGAUGAGUUUUAUUGCUAAAACAAUAGUGUUGAUAUAGAGAGCAGUACAAAAAACAAUCUGUUCAUUCGUCUUUCUGUGUGUGUGUGUAGAGCAAAAACAACGGAAAAAUGGCCAGGAUGCGGUACAAGCUGAAUCAAGCUGAAUGAGAUGAAUGUUACCACGGUUCGGUAAAAUGUAAACAAAAAUAGCGAGAAGAGAGAAGAACGAAAGAAAAAAAACACAACACAAAAUGGCAUUCUUGCCGCAGUCGGUAACACUCACGUUACAAUCACUACGCCAGUCACGAAUUAUCCCCCUUAGGAAAAGCGCGAACGUGGCAUUUUACCUUCACCGUUUUUCGUCCGCCUCAAACGGAAGUUUCGUGGCUAACAAACCACCUCGUAGAAACCGUGUGGUAAAUGGUUUUGCAGGUUAAUUCUUGCUGGAUUUAGUUAGGAAGAUGCUUAGGAGUUAUUUUCUAUCUAGUGGGUUGGAUCGGUUUACUGCUCGGUGGCCAGUUUCAGGUGGGAAAUAUUUUACCAUUAAUUUGUGCGUGUCGGUUCCCUACAGGGGCCGGUGGUAUCGUACCGUGUUAUGGAUAAGGUUCUAUCCGGUGAAUAAUUACCGGUGUGUAAAACCGUCUUGCGUAAGUGCCUGUCGUUGCUUGUGGGUGGAAAGUCAUCAUUUAGGAAAGUGGUUUCAUGGUGGAUGCGUUUGCUGUGAGUGAUGUGAUUAGAAAUUGAUAAAAGUAACGUGUGAGGGGAAGUACAAAUACAGUACGUCAACGGUAGCAGAACAAUAAAACAUAUACAAUCUACGCUCCAUCAACAGGCACACUCGUCAAAGUCCAUCAAAACGAAAGGAUCAAGAAACCGGCAACGAGUCCCGGUCGAAAAGUGAAAUGUGAUCCUUUUUUUGUGUGUAUGUGUGUCCAUCGUUCUUACACUUUCGGUGUGUUUUCUUAGUUUUACGCGGUUUUAUAUUACCCGAACCCACAGGGAAAGGAAAGAAGACACCCGGCUGCUACUACUGUCCGUCCGGCAGUGUAAUCUAUCUUCGAGUAUUUAAUUAGGCGGAAACGAUUCGUCAAGUCAGAUCGAUGGCUGACCGUAAAGACGGAAGACGAAUAUGGCUACGAUGGAUGGGACCAUCGUUUGGCCAUUUCUUCACCCAUUUAACCGCUCACCUGGUUGAGUGAUUGGGGGUGCGUGAAAGAUGCUGUCUUUCAGCUAGGAAAGGAAUUUGCAACCCCGUGCUCGUUCCCUUUUUUUGGCGGAAAAUGAAGCAAAGAGAUAAAAGUUUAUUUGCGCUUUUGUGUUGUGUGCAUACAUAAGAGAAGGAACAAUUCUACGACAGACUGAUUGAUACGCCUAUCAUUCAUAUGCGAUAUGGUUUGCGGUUAGUUUCCAUAUGUGUUAUGCUUUUUCUGGUCAACAAAUAAAAUCACAGUGAAAAAAAAAGCAAAACAGAAAAUAAGUCCACCCCCACUCAAAGUGAACAGGGCUUUUUCGGGAGUAGCGAACCGUCAAUAACGAUACCAUCUCGAGUGAAUAAGCCAUUGCUGAUUCUUCCCUACACGAAGGCAGUUAAAAGAGAAAGAAAAACGAAAGGGAAAAACUAAACGUACGUAAAUAAUAUCACCCUGCUCCCUGGUGACGCUUUCCUUACAUGUGUGGUGCGGUUUGUUGAUUUUAUUGGCGAAACUCUUUUUUGGGAUUUAUUUUCCCCCGGUUUCGAUUUGCAUCCCGAAACGCAAAAUGGUGACGAAAAAUCGUUCUGCGUCGUUAGAAAAACAAAAUAAAAACCGUAAAGAAAAACCAAUACGUUGGUACAAGUGAGAAAGGCGGGAAAAUAAGAAGAAAAAAAUAUCCCCAAAAACCGAGACGCGCGCCACGGCGCCAAUAUAAAGUGAGUGAGUGUGUUACCACAAAACCGCAUUAGUGAAAAUGUGCACAAGGACCACGCGUUGCUACUGGUUUGGUGGUCCCGGUCGGAAAAAAGUACUCUGCUAUCGUUGUGUCUGCUUUCUGUCCGUGUUGUUUGUGCUGGGUGUUGUACUGUUGCCCGCACCGGUUGAGUGUGGCUGCCGACGGUUGGAGCAGAAACCGUGCGAAGCGAUCUGUGUCCGCACGAACACACUGAACCACCGGUUGGCGCAUGGAACGCGGCACGAACGCGUGGAAAUGGGAAACGCGUCUACCGAUGCGUGGACGUGUGAGCUACGGAUCGUGGUGAUCAUGCCAGCAAAUACGAGCGUCGAAGCAUCGCUGCCCCGUGUACAGCCCGUGCUGGAAAAGGCGGAAAGUUUUAUCCGCCGUGAAGGCAUCAUUCCGCCCGGCGUAGCCAUCCGGCGGAUUCCGUUCGACGAUCGGUGCGAACAGGCACGGGCUACGGUGAUGGCGAUGGAUGGAACGGGAAGUGACUCGUGCGGGCAUCUCAUUCUUGGCCCGAGCUGUGAUUUUGCUUUAGCGCCCGUUGCUCGUAUAGCUCGUUACAUCUACAAUGAUGGAAUUCCUGUGAUAACUGGUGCGGGAUAUACAUUCGAUUUCGAGGAACCAAAGACGCACUGUGAAAAUGAAUUCCAUAUGCUAUUCCGCACUGGGUUGGUCAGUUUCAAGCGGAUGGCUUUCUUCAUGAUAGAACUUAUACGGCAUUUCAAAUGGAACCGUGUGGUGUACUUUUACGAUCGACAUAGUUACUACAAUGUGGCAGGUCCGCAAACGGGCCACUUGCUGAUGAACACGAUGGCGGAAUUUUUUCGCCACGAAAACAUCACCUACUCGCCCUUCUCAACCGAUUCGGCUCGCACAAACUUUACCGAGAGCCUUAAGGAAAAGGUCGGCCUCAGCUAUGCAAGUAAGUUUUUUUUGCGCAACAUUUCGCACACCACUGAAAAGGGUUCGAUCAAUGGGUUCGAUUGCCAUCUUAAACACACUUCUUACCGUUUGAAAGGGUUACCGGUUGGGUUGGCCGUUUCCCACCACCCCCCAAACAGGGUAAGUUUUAGGGGCAGUCAUCUUUCAUCUUCUGUUGGGACAGUUUUUCGCUUCUCAUCACUUUAAUUAUGAUCAGUCAUUUUGCAGCGGAACAGCAAUGUGUGGCUGUGUAAAGAAUCCUUACUCUUUGGGACGAAAUGAAAGAAAUUGUAAUGCUCAGCGAAAACCGAAGGAAUGUUCAUGAUAGGAAUAUUAUUCAUCAUCAAAAAGAGAAUCUGCAUAAUUUUCAUACCAGCUGGCUUUUGAUGCCCGUAUCUUUGGCUUAUUCAAACCAAUUUUAACAACCGGCAGCUC